AUAAUAAUUCAGCGUGUAGAAAAAGCUACUACAUAUUUCGAAGCCCUUUUGGUUUUGUGGGCGAAAAAGAAAAUAGAACUAAAAAGAUUAGCACUCGGUAUUUGCAGAGCGCAGUGCGAAAACCCCCAAAACUCUACGCGCUCUCUUCUCAACCAGGAACAUGAUCAAACUUUUCAAAGUUAAGGAAAAGCAGAGAGAACAGGCUGAAAAUGCAAGUGGUGGACCACCUGUUAAGAAGCAAAGUGCUGGCGAGUUGCGUCUUCAUAAAGAUAUAAGUGAGCUGAAUCUACCAAAAUCCUGUACCAUAACAUUCCCCAAUGGCAAAGAUGACCUGAUGAACUUUGAAGUUUCAAUUCGACCAGAUGAUGGAUUUUACUUAGGUGGCACAUUUUUGUUCACAUUCCAAGUGUCUCCCAUCUAUCCCCAUGAAGCACCGAAGGUGAAGUGCAAGACAAAGGUCUACCAUCCUAAUAUUGAUUUGGAGGGAAAUGUUUGUUUGAACAUCUUACGAGAAGACUGGAAGCCUGUCCUUAAUAUAAACACUGUCAUCUAUGGCUUGUAUCAUCUCUUUACGGAACCAAAUUCUGAGGAUCCUCUGAAUCAUGAAGCCGCAACUGUGCUGAGAGAGAACCCAAAGUUGUUCGAAUCUAAUGUGAGGAGGGCAAUGGCUGGUGGGUACGUGGGACAAACCUUUUUCCCACGCUGUAUGUAAACCUUUGCUUGAUAAUACCCCUCAAGUCCCCUGUUCAGAUAUAUUAUCAAUGCUUUGACGGUCCAUGGAUUGUAAAAUUUAUUUUAAAAAUUGCAUCUUACUUUCGUCAGUAUGUUAUUUUUCUUGGUGGAGCAACAAGGACUAGUUUCCUAGACCACCAAACGCAUCGAAAAGCUAAACAAGUUGAAUGUUAUUGUAACUUCUGUGGUUUAUUGAAUGUUACUGUUGACAUACUA